UUUAUCAAUCCUGCAAAAUUUGGUGUCCUACAUAUUACAAUCAAUGAUGGGUCCAAGUAACCAAAGAUACAUCUAUAAGGGGUUAUUUCCCCAAGUACAUUUGGCCGGGGGGUAGGUAGGUGCGUUAGGUGCGUUAGGUGCGUAGGUGCGACCAACUCCACUCCACACUCAGGCACUGCCCUGCGCCAACACCGGGUUCUAGUUCCAAUCUUCGACAUCCCACCCUACCAGCCCUGCCCACCUUCAAAUAACUAAUCCCCCGGCCCUGUCUAGGUCCCCGUCCCCAUCCCACUACCUCCAACAACCACGACCGCCACGGUUCUGGGAAUAUCGUCACCCAUCGCGCCAUCGCGAGCCCGAGCCUGAUCCCCUCUACGGCCGCAACCGAACCUCCCGCGAAAACGACGACAAUAUCUAUUCACGAUAUUCUCCAUCUCGUAUCCUUAACCCGGCGCCUAUUCCCCCUCGAGACCCAGCAUUUGGGGUUCCUUGGGCGUACGAUACCGACGACAAAAUGGCGCGCGUCUACGCCGAUGUCAACCAGAAUAUGCCCCGAGCGUACUGGGAUUACGACAGCGUUAAUAUCAGCUGGGGCAUUCUCGAGAACUACGAGGUAGUUAGGAAGAUCGGCCGCGGAAAGUACUCGGAGGUCUUUGAGGGAAUCAACGUGAUUAAUUAUCAAAAAUGUGUUAUCAAGGUCCUCAAGCCGGUUAAGAAGAAGAAGAUCAAGCGAGAAAUCAAGAUUCUCCAGAAUCUCUCUGGUGGUCCCAACAUCGUCGCCCUUCUUGAUGUCGUUAGAGACAACCAGAGUAAGACUCCGUCUCUCAUCUUCGAGAAUGUGAACAAUACCGACUUCCGAAGCCUCUACCCCAAGUUCAACGACAUUGAUGUACGAUACUACAUCUUCGAGCUCUUGAAGGCUCUCGACUACUGUCACAGCAAGGGAGUUAUGCACCGAGACGUAAAACCUCAUAACGUUAUGAUCGAUCAUGAGAAUAGAAAGUUACGUCUUAUCGACUGGGGUCUAGCUGAGUUCUACCAUCCCGGAACCGAAUAUAAUGUGCGCGUUGCUUCCCGCUACUUUAAAGGACCUGAGCUGUUAGUCGAUUUCCAGGAGUACGAUUACAGUCUAGACAUGUGGUCCCUUGGUGCCAUGUUCGCGUCCAUGAUCUUCCGAAAGGAGCCCUUCUUCCACGGAAAUAGCAAUUCCGACCAACUGGUUAAGAUUGCAAAGGUUCUCGGCACGGAUGAUCUCUUCGACUAUCUAGACAAGUACGAAAUUGAACUUGAUCCCCAGUACGACGAUAUCCUAGGUCGUUUUGCCAAGAAGCCCUGGCACAGCUUUGUCACAACCGAGAAUCAGCGAUUCGUUAGCAACGAAGCCAUUGAUUUCCUUGACAAGCUCCUCCGAUACGACCACCAGGAGCGUCUCACAGCCAAGGAGGCUAUGGCCCAUGCGUAUUUCGCCCCCAUUCGAGACGAGGCCACUCUAACGGAAUACCUUGGUGGUGCAACUGUUAGCUCGGAAUCUUGAGCUACGAUGCAGUUUAGUAACGGACGACAUCUUCUAUCAGGCCCUACCUCUGGAUUAUUGAGAUACCCCGGGCUUCUCGUCUUUUCUGUUUCGUCCGUCGCUUUAUUAUGGACCAUUUACACUCGUAUCAAUGACAUCACGAUGAGAUGUGGUGCCAAACUUUGCUUAAGUGGGAAUUCGGUAUUAGUUGUUCUCCUAGCUACAUCGCUGAGACGACUUCCAUGUAAUUUGCAAUUCCUUCACAUAACACAUCGCAACACCCAUGUGGUGCUCUCGGGAAAGCAAGACGACCCAACACUAAUAGAUCACGAUCGACGAGACUCGUCACUUUUUAAAUAACCGAUGCUACUAUCUAAAAAGCUUCGGUCGCUAUGAUAGGGUGCUAGGAGUAUGAUGUGAUUAGGAGUGGAAUGCAGACAAGAGAAAUGGCUGGGCUUGGCUUUGGCGUUUCCCCGGGCUUAUUCAAGGGAUGGGCAAAUGGCAAAUGGGGCAAUGGGAGGAAUAUGACAUUUUUCUUCUCUCCUCCCGCGAUUACUAGGUACUCGGUAGGGUUAGGCCAGCAUGGGAAAUUAUCAAAUAGUGUAGACCAUCAGAUGAGUUAUCAAUAAAUCUUCAAUCUUCAUGACUGUAGUUAGUGACCUGGUAGGUUUUCGUCUUGGUGUCGAUUUCAUCGUCGGAGGGUGUUAGGCUCAAAGUUUCAAGGGCAUUUGAUAGUGAAUUGAAUAUACUUAGAUUUGCUAUGGGGAGC